AUGUAUUGUAACGAAAAGGACGGAGAAACGAGAGGGUAGAUUUGGAAAGAGAGAGAGCGAGAGAGAGGGCGGCAGAGGGGGCAGAAGAGAUGGUGAAACGAGUUGGUAUGGGUAAAAACGGCGUGUGUUCCGUCGUGGGGCCAGGAAACGUGUGCAAUCCAGGCUCAGUGACAGACAAAAUGGCGGUGUGUCUGGUGCAGUGGUAGCAGUGCUGGGGUAGUAGAGCGCUAGUGGGUGCUCCCUCAUGGGUUUAUAGAAGGUUAGAAGAGGGGUGGUUAUAGGGAGUACGAAGGGACGCACCCGAUUAGUAGAAUAAAAAUAAACGGUGACAAUGGAUCAUUCAUUGAGUACGUCAACAAUGGGAACGAGACGUCGGGGUCAUCAACAUCAUCCGCGACACGCUACACGUCGUCGUCUUGAUGUAUCCAGCAGAGGACCCGCGCAGUGUGGCCCUGCUGGAACAAUUAAAUCAGCGAUAUCGAACCCCGAAACAUUGUUGACGAGUAAUCAGUUCAAUGAGAAUACAUCGACGAAGGAGCAACCGGCUGUAGCUACCACGAGACAGGCUGUAAUAUGUUCGACAAGAAGUGAGGAAAACAAUGAGGAUUAUCAACAAAGCAGAGGAUCAAAUAGCAAUAACAUUGGAGACUCGAGAACGAGGGUCGAAGGUUUAGAUAAAAAAUUAGCUGUAAGGACGAAGGAAACAUUGUUGGAAGGUGACAGAACGAGAGACGACGUUAAAAACGAUACAAUAACAAAGUUGAACGUUGAGGUAGUAUCCGAUGACAGUGAAACGACGGAUCGUACCAAUAAGAGCGUUCAGCCCAGGCCCGCGCAGUGUGGCCUUAUCGUUGAUAACAAUCAAGAUCUUACUAAUCUCGAGAUCGUAAGAAAGGAUGAUGACGUUUCUCACGUAAGAGGAAUCGUCGACGAAGAUUGUAAAAAUGUAAUAAUAAAUAGCGUGAAAAUAAAUGACCCUGAAAAAGUCUCACCGAAAAAAAUAUCCAGCGGUAAUCAGUCGAGAUCACACGUAACGAGGGACUCGGUCAGAACGAUAUUGAGGUCAAGAGGGAAAGAGGAUUGUUACGGUAGCAGCCCCGAGCCUGAGCACGCGGUCGCGAGGGCAAGGGGCGACGGGAAUUCUGACGACGAGACCCCCAACGUCGAGGAAGAUCCUGAACUCGCUGAAUUGGCUAAAUUACGGUGUCCCAGCGAAAGAACCGAAGUACAAGCCGAAAGAGAAGCCAGAAGACGCAAACGAUGCGCCGACUACCCUGGACUCGCUUUCGGAAGUUCUAUAUUCUCGAGCGAUACCAUGAUGAAAUUCAGUCUUAUAAGGAACGAGCUUAAAAAUAUAAUGGGAAAUCAACUCAAGCGGGCUGAAUCCGAGGUCGCCGCCCUGAACCGUCGCAUCCAGUUGCUCGAGGAAGAUCUCGAGAGGUCCGAGGAACGUCUCGCCACAGCCACCGCCAAAUUGGCUGAGGCUUCCCAAGCCGCCGAUGAGAGCGAACGAGCCCGCAAGAUUCUCGAGAACCGGAGCUUGGCCGACGAGGAGCGUAUGGACGCUCUUGAGAAUCAGCUCAAGGAGGCUCGGUUCUUAGCUGAAGAAGCAGACAAGAAAUACGAUGAGGUUGCCCGUAAAUUGGCCAUGGUUGAGGCUGAUCUCGAGCGUGCCGAGGAACGUGCCGAGGCUGGAGAGUCUAAAAUCGUCGAGCUGGAGGAAGAACUUCGCGUCGUUGGCAAUAACUUGAAAUCCCUCGAGGUCUCCGAGGAGAAGGCGACACAGAGGGAGGAAACUUUCGAAGGACAGGUCAAGAUUCUCGACAGCCAGUUGAAAGAGGCUGAGGCCCGCGCUGAAUUCGCCGAGAGAUCGGUGCAAAAGCUCCAGAAGGAGGUCGACAGGCUCGAGGACGACCUCGUCGCCGAGAGAGAGAAAAACAAAUUGCUCCAGGAGGAGAUGGAAGCGACGCUGCAUGACAUCCAGAACAUGUAGAACGUACAAACAAAAGUCGUUACUUCCGGUGGAAUAUACGAAAGAAAGAAAGAACAAUAAUGCAAAAAACAAACAACACAGACAUACGAAAGAAUAUGAAAAAGCUUCGUAUGACAAGCUUUCAUGUGGUGCAGCCUGUAUAACAAUACGAGAAUAUGUGGUCUCUCAACUAGCUCUAAACAAACAAAAACAAGAUUAAAAUUCACGAGAAUAGUCCCUUAAUAAACCACCGUCCACCCUCUUGUGCGAAUGACUGCUUAAAGUGUGCUUGUUUUGCGAGUUUCAUGGAUCAAAUGUGUGAGUGAACAUCAUCGAGCGAUCGAUGAAUAACAAAAAUACAAACGAAAGAACAAAUCUCUGAAUUCAAACGGGGCAAUAGAUUCGCGAGAAUAAAUGAAUCAAAAAAGGAAAUAUCCUCGAUCGAGUAUCUCUUUGCUUUUCGUCUCGCAUCGGAAUGUUGAAAAACAUUUUCUUUUUUUUUAUUUUUAUUUUUAUUUUUCGAGUGUUUUUCUCAGUUCGUUGACAUUCCAAAAAAAACAUGUUUUUUCGCGAACAUAAUUUUUGUACGAACGUUCCAAACGAAAAAAACGUUUUCCAUUGGUCUUUUUUCCUUAUAAUUUUUCGAGUCACUUUGUAAACGUGGAUACAAAUAAAUUUACAGAGGAAGAUCGAAGCAUUGUGCUGCAGAGCAGUCCGCUGCAAACGGUGUCUAAAUUUUUUAGUCGAAACAGCCAUUCUAUCAAUGAAUUUACGCUCAAACAGCUAUUUUUGCUCAGUACAAAUUCGCUUUUUUCGAAUGCACUCUGUUUUCCGAAUUAAUCGGUUUCUUUUGCGCCUGUAACUCGAAAACAUGCGAUUCGAUUCGAGUCUUCCGAGUAACGCACAAACUAAUACAAAACCUUGAAAGAAUCGAGAGAAAUGUAGGGAAUAAAAAAACAAAAAGAACAAAAAAAUAUAAUAAAACCAAAAAUGCCAAUUCGAAAUACACUCAUCGAGCAUUUGUACCAUUUCGAUGAUUCUGCAUUCAGAGUGACCAAUUCAAACACUCAUCGUCUCACUUAAGUUAUCGAAUACAAUACGAAACAAUGAUGAAAACGAACAAUCGAAACGGAUACGAUAAAUAAUACCUAAACGAGUCACACGAAGGAAGUAAUGAUAAACAGAUCGAAUCGCACUCGUUCUCCAUCGAACAUGUCACAUUAAUUAAAUUAUUAUCAAUCCCUGAAUCCCUCGUCUGAAAAGUAUGAGAAAAUAAUCGUUUCACGAUUUCCAAGUAAAUGGAUAUAUCAAGAGUUACGAGUUCUUUUCCGUAUCCGAAUGUAAAGUCUGACUUUUCCGAUCCUCAUCUUUUUUGCCGAAAAGAAAAUUAACACAGCCAGCAAUUUCAUGACUCGUUGUCAUCUUUGUCGAUUGUAAUGAAUUUUUUUUUUUUUUACAUCAGCAAUGAGAUUGUAUUCAUUGACGGAAAUAAUUCAGGAUACAGAUCGGGGCUGAGAGCAAAAAUAUUUUCGAACGUCUUAACGAGAUGAGAAAACUUUUUCCUCUCAGCCCGAAACGUCGUGAAUACAAUACGAGCACAAAAUACGCGAUCCGACCUUUCGAUUAUGUAUUUUUAUUGUUUUCCUUUUGGUGCGGAAAGAUACAGAAGGAAUUAUUUAAAAAAUAACAAACAAAAACGGAAGGAUACGAGAAGAGAAGGAUAAAUUUAUUUUCAGUUGAAUAAAUUAGAUGAUUAAUUUACUUAAUAA